CUUUGGCCUGCAUCCUCGGCUCAGCACUUGCCUCUCCCUCCAUUGUUGCUUUCCGUGUUGGGAUCGUUUUGUCUUUAUAUAUCGCCGCUCUCGUCUUCCAUCACCGUCUUUGCUUGUCUCGGUCCUUGUCUCCGGUCCUAGCUGUGCACUUUUCGCUCUUUCUAUCCAUUUCGACAGAGCCUUUCUCUUCAGCUGCAUCCAUCUGGACCGACACACCGCCGAUCCGACUUACACCUCCCGACUUACACCACCACACCACCACCACACAUCAUCAUCACCAUGGCAUCAAGAUCAUUCCUCUCCAUGGACGACCUCAACAAGGCUGCUCUCGAGCAGUUCGUCUAUCAGCCCGUCAGCCGUGACAUGAUUGCCUACCUGGCCAAUGCUGCCCACAGCGUCAUUGCCUGCGACUCGACGCUGAUGCCGCCGCCGGCUCGGGAAGCCAAGAACCACAGCCAGGACCGACCUCCCACUCCGCCUCGCAGCCCCGAACCCCGGGCCGUCUGCAGCACCGACGAUGCCCUGCCCACGCUGGAAGAGUUCAUCACCCAGCUGGUCGUCUCGUCCAAUGUCCAGGUGCCCACUCUCAUGUCGACGCUGGUCUACCUCAACCGCCUCAAGGCCAAGCUGCAGCCCAUGGCCCGCGGCCUGCGAUGCACCACCCACCGCAUCUUCCUGGCCGCCCUGAUCCUCUCGGCCAAGUACCUCAACGACAGCUCGCCCAAGAACAAGCACUGGGCCAACUACACCCACAUGAACACGGACUACUACAGCUUCGGCUUCACCCGCACCGAGGUCAACCUGAUGGAGAAGCAGCUGCUGUUCCUGCUCGAGUGGGAGCUGCGCAUCACCGAGCACGACCUGUACCGCGAGCUCGACUUCUUCCUGGAGCCUGUGCGCAUCAAGAUUGCCGAGAGGCACGCGCGCAAGAUGCGCCACCGCGAGGAGAAGAAGCGCCAGCAGGAGAUGUACGCCGCCGCCGCUCGGUAUCCCAGCCCGGUCUCCAUCCGG